AGAAGAAGGGUGAGAAAAGAUUUUUUGUGUUGGUUGGUUUAUAUCUCUCUGUUUUUGUCUUCUCUUUCAGCCUAAACAAGGAGGAAAAAAUGUCUCAAGCUGACAAAAUGAAGCAGGGGCAGUUCUCAAACCCCGAGACCCCGGGGUAUGUUGGAUUCGCCAACCUGCCUAAUCAGGUUCAUCGAAAAUCUGUAAAAAAGGGCUUUGAGUUCACCCUUAUGGUUGUAGGUGAAUCUGGACUUGGAAAAUCCACCUUGAUCAACAGCCUCUUCCUCACUGACCUGUACCCUGAGAGAGUCAUUCCUGGAGCAGCAGAAAAAAUAGAAAGGACAGUUCAGAUCGAGGCAUCCACUGUAGAAAUCGAGGAGCGAGGAGUGAAGCUCCGCCUCACUGUGGUUGACACACCAGGAUACGGAGACGCCAUCAACAGCCAAGACUGUUUCAGCACCAUUAUCAGCUACAUUGAUGACCAGUUUGAGCGCUACCUCCACGAUGAGAGCGGCCUAAAUCGUAGACACAUUGUUGACAAUAGAGUUCACUGCUGCUUCUAUUUCAUCUCUCCACUCGGCCAUGGCCUGAAACCACUUGACGUCCAGUUCAUGAAGGCCAUUCACAACAAGGUCAAUGUGGUUCCUGUCAUCGCUAAGGCCGACACACUCACCCUCAGAGAGAGGGAGAGGCUCAAGCGCAGGAUUCUCGACGAGAUCGACGAGCAUGGCAUCAAAAUCUACCAUCUUCCCGAUGCUGAGUCAGAUGAAGAUGAAGAUUUCAAAGAGCAGACGAGGAUCCUCAAGGCUAGCAUCCCAUUUGCAGUGGUAGGUUCCAACCAGCAGAUUGAGGCCAAAGGGAAAAAGGUCAGAGGUCGUCUGUACCCUUGGGGAGUGGUGGAGGUGGAGAACCCGGAGCACAAUGAUUUCCUCAAACUGCGGAUCAUGCUGAUAACCCACAUGCAGGAUCUCCAGGAAGUAACCCAGGACCUGCACUAUGAGAACUUCCGUUCGGAGCGCCUCAAACGGGGUGGCAGAAAGGGACCCGAGCCGGAGGAAAUGGACAAGGAUAUGAUCCUGCAGGAGAAGGAGGCUGAGCUGAGGCGAAUGCAGGAGAUGAUUGCCAAGAUGCAGGCCCAGAUGCAGAAACAAGGAGACGGAGAGGGAGAAGGCCAACAUGUGUGAAACUGAUGAUAUUUGAGCCACUGCUCGAGUUUGACCAGAGAGAUGGAAAAGGUGUAAAGCUGCCUGGUCAUGACUCCUCUUGCUUGCCACUAUUUUAUUAUUAUUAUUUUUGUAAUUUCAGCUCCACAUGGGAUCUGGAGUCAUUUUUUUUAAAUGCAUACAGUAAAGUAUAUUCAACAGUGUUACAUUUAUAUAUUCACUCACGGUUCCAUUUUUUCUUUUUUCUUUUUUUUAAAAAUUGUACCACUUUAGAAGAAAUCGUUUACUGAAAUGAAGUCAUAUGACCAAUAUUUUAAAAUGCUUGCAUAUUUUAUAUUGGGAGAUAGUUAAUUUUUUUCCUUUUGUUUGCUGUUCAGAAAACCAAAGUAUUGCUGCUUCUAUGCGAAGACUUUAGUGCUGAAGCGUCUGUCGGAGCACAUGCUAACACAUGAGUGUCAUUGAGAGAGAGAGAUAACUGUAGUAGCAGACGUAGCUGAAAAACCUCUUUUAUUCCAUUGUUACAUGACUGUGUCAAUGUUAUUCCUGUCAGGAGAAAUCAUUAUUUAACAAUUUAUGAGUUCACCAUACAUGCUUGCCAUUAAAUGGGACCUGUCCUGCUCAGUAUUGAUGUUAACCCGCUCAUGUGCAUGCGAUUCUCAACCCAUAAAAAAGUUAUGAUAAAUUUUAGGGCAGUGUUUCAUCCAUUUGUGCUUUUCUCAGAUCGGUGUCAGUAUGUUCAACUGCCUUCGAGUGUGGUUAAGCUCCUUUUGAUAUGAAUUAAACUGUGAUCCAUAACCUUUUAUAGUCUUCCCCAUACGCCAGAGAAAUGAGGCGCGAGGCCUCUUUGGUGCUUUCACCUAACUAAAUGCAUUUAGUCCUUCACGUGUGUCGUCCUCGGUGUAAAGUGAAGUCAUGUGACAGGAGCAGUGAGCGAGUUUAUUGGUACAGUGAGAUUUAAGAAGUUGAAACUUCUACCUGUCCCUACUGCUGAACGCUUUGUGGUUUUAGCGACCGCAGAGUUUAAAGGCGACCUGAUGAGGUCAGUGUAGCCAACGAUCCCCUCACCAGCCGAGAUGUGAGUCCUGACAUUCCUUUGUGCUGUUUGUACCUGACAGAUUUUGUUCUUGAUACAUAUAUUGUAAUAAAAGUUUUAUUAAGUAUCAAACA